AUGCAUUCUCGCCGCUGGGUGUGGGCUCUCCACUUCGGCCUCGUAGGUAUCACCUUCGCCACUACUCUUGAUGAUAAGGAGGCUCCAGAUGGCGAGACCGUCAAUGGCGGAAUAUUACCCGACUUUCCGAUCUCCCUGCCGCCGAUACAUGUUCCAUCCCCAGGAUUUGGAGGGUUGGACAAUACGCCCGCUCUGGGCUUGCAAAAACGCGAUUCUCCUGAACCGAAAUGUGGUCCAACGUAUGGGGCUUGUCAGGACGGUUAUUGCUGCUCACCAUCCGUAUGCCCAGGUUUUUGCGGUAAUUCCAGACACUAUUGUCAGGCCCCAGAUUGUUUAAUUGAUUACGGGAGCGGCUGCGAUGCGCUGAGAACACCCGACGGGGAGAGUACAUUAAGUGCCCCUCGUGACCCUCUUGGGAAAAUUCCGUAUGCGAACCAGCCGAUAUUCAACUGCAAAGUGCCCAAUACAGUUGCAUUGACGUAUGACGAUGGCCCAAAUAUCUAUACCAGUGAUCUGCUCGACAUUCUUGAUUCUUUUGGCGCGAAGGCAACUUUUUUUGUGACAGGAAUCAAUUCGAACAAGGGCCCGAUUGAUGACCACAAUUUGCCAUGGAGAGAGUUAAUAAACCGAAUGCUGAAUAAACAUCAAAUUGCUAGUCACACAUGGGCUCAUCAAAAUCUCGAUAGCCUUUCUCCGGAUCAACUCCGCAGCCAGUUGGUGAAGAACGAAAUGGCUCUCCGAAAUAUCUUUGGUGGCUUUCCAACUUACAUGAGACCCCCAUACUCAAGUUGCUCUGACCAAUCCGGUUGUGUUCGAGAAUUAAAUGACCUAGGAUAUCAUGUCGCCUAUUUCGAUGUGGACACGGAUGAUUACAAUAAUGACUCACCUUACCUUAUUCAAGCCUCCAAGGACAUCUUCGAUUAUGCUCUUGCUUCUGCUAAGCCCUACGGGGGACCUCUACUGGUUAUAGCUCAUGAUGUUCACAAGCAAACUGUCUACAAUCUUACCUCUCAUAUGUUGGAUGGUAUAUAUGCUGCGGGCUAUCGAGCAGUUACGCUGGGAGAAUGUCUCGGAGACGACCCCGAAAACUGGUAUCGUUGGAUGCCUUCGAAAAAUUCCCAAGAUCACUCAGUAGUCAAUGUCGUCUAG